AUCAACUCGAUCCCCGAUUUCAUGUACUUCCAUGGAAUGUAUGAUAAGAGUGAAUGGGAAGGCAUUCGAGCUUGCUGUACAAAGUAUUACCCCGGAAAUAAUUAUGGCCAGUGCGAUUUCGCUAACUUUGUCUAUGUGAAUGGCACAGGAGACGUCGUUGCACGCAAUUUCACCAACGCCGACCAGCAGGCCUGCGCCUACAAAAUCGAGCAACUCGCUUAUGACAGGACGUGGCAAAUUGCCAACAACGACGUCUACAACCUGUACCAGGAUUGCUAUGAGCAGACGAGUUCGGUGUUCGGCUCGGCGGCCCGGAAAUCGGCUUACGGGAUGUCUGCGGACAGCUUAAUGUCGAAGUACAAGAUCGGCGCCAAGCUUCACGUCCAGGCGGCCAUUACGGAUAUGCUGGCCAACCUCGACCCGGCCUCGACCGACUCCCAGGGCGGCUUCCAGUGCUACAUGACAGCCGCUCUGACGCAGUACUUCAACCAGUCACACGUCAGGGACAAGAUCAACGUGCCCGACUUUGUGCAGGAUUGGUCGUUCUGCAACUCAAACGACGACUUCAACUACCAAGUCCAACACAACGAUACCGGGGCUGUCUUCCAGCAGAUUCUUGAUAGUAACUAUUCGCUCCGAAUUCUACUCUACAACGGAGACGUCGACACGGCAUGCUCGAUGUUUGAGGCUGAAUACUUCAUCGAAGAUCUGGCUAAGAAGAACAUGAUGCAGGAAACGUACACCCGUCGCGAAUGGAACUACACGAUAGCCUCUAAAUAUCUGCCCCAAAUUGCCGGCUACACGAAGCGGUUCGAGAAAGGAGCAGCCACCAUCGAUUUGCUUACUGUUAAGGGCGCUGGCCACUUUGUCCCCACCGAUCGACCCGGACCCGCGCUCCAGAUGCUCCAGAAUUUCUUGGCAAAUGAUAAGACCUACAACACUCCGAUACAGUACGAUCUGACGCGGCAGCCGCUGUAUCCGGAGUUUACGCAAGAUGGUGAUGGCCCUACGCAAGCUCCGCCCACUGGAGCCACCGUCCCGACUGGAGCUGGCACCACCGGCCAGCCCCCGGCCACCACCACCAAAUUCGCCGGCCUCGGCAGCCCGAUCCCAGUUUUUGCCCUUCUUUUAGCAGUUGUGCAAUAUUUUGUU